AUGUCCCUAACCAAGCUGAUCAAAUGUCCCGAUCCCAGUCGAUCGAACAGAUCUCAAUCACGAGCGAACCUCCGAUACGGGGAUGUAGAAAAAGAAGGACUGGCAUUGCAAAAAUGUUUCAGUCCCAGGCCCGGCGACUCCGAUCGGGUUCAAGCCCGAGUCAUUGAAUUCUCCGGCCAUUCGCCCUGGUCACCCCAGGAUUUCGUCCGAACCGGGUGGGCCAUUGAACGUCUGGGCUGGGCCGAGGCAGGUCGGGCACCAUCCUUCCCAGGAGGCCGACCGCCGCAGGGCUGGAACCCGGCAUCGGCGCCCCUGACAAGCCUGCCCUGGUCCAUUCGACCGGUCGCCCGGCAAUUAGGUCUGUCGCUUGGCCCCCUCUACAGGACCGUCUCGCUGUUCAAAAUGGUCCAGGACGAUGCAGAGAGCGACUACAGCGACUACAUCAUUCAGGUUGGGCCGGGGGUGAUUGUGUCCCAGUUGAGUUCGCGAUUUCGCGGUCCACACUGGUCCGAUGUCGCGCUGGCGGUGUACAAACGAUAUGAGCGCGCCCCACUGCGGUACGUGUUUCGCGUGGAUAUCACCAACGAGGUGGUCGAGCGCUUGAUCAGUGACAAGAUCUAUUCGGCGACGACCACGGGGUUGCGGUGGCCGGACUCUGUGCGGCGCGAGUGGACGUAUGGGUCCCGUGAAUAUAGGGCUCUCUUGGGGACGCCGCUGGGUCGGGGAGUGGUCGCCUUGGUUCUGAGGGGGUAUGAUCGCGGUACGAAGCUUAUUUCGAGCAUCUCCACCUUUUCGGAUGCGCAUCAUGUCUCGAUGCACAUGCUGUUCGUCAUCUCUGAUCGCGGUCCGUGA